CAGAAUAGUAAACAAUUCUGUGACAUAGCUGUCAGUGUCAGUUGCGUUUGUUUUGUUUUUACAAAGUGCCUAACAGUCUGGGUUUUAAUAAUAUCUAACAGUUAAAAGUCCAUUAUUGUAGAUUUGAAAAUUUUAAUUCUAAAUUAAUAAAUGGACUACUUGGGAAGUUAGAAAGUGUGAUUAUAUAUGUCGAGAAAGGAAUUGAAUAUGUGAAAACUUUGGAAUUUUGUUUAGCUGGCAAUCUUCAGAUAACAGAAUGUUCACAUUUAAUGUACCACAAGAAGGUCCAGUUAAUGCUUUAGCAUUAAAUAAAGACUAUACCCAAGUAGCUGUCGGUGGAAGAAAUGUUUUCAAAAUAUAUGCCAUAGAAGAAGAUAAAUUUAGGGAAAUAUGCAAUGUGAGAGGUUCAAAGCAUCUGAAUGUAGGUUUUUCGUGUAAUGAUGUAUCGUGGAGUCCUACAGAUGACCAUUUUAUUGCUACUGCCGCAACAAAUGGCCAUGUAUGUGUAUGGAACCUCACACAAACGGGAAAAGCAAUGCAGGAACAAGACUACCAAGAUCAUAAACGUACAGUGAACAAAGUGAAUUUUCAUGCCUCCGAGCCUUAUAAGUUGAUAUCUGGCUCCCAAGAUGGAACUAUGAGAUAUUUUGAUAUAAGACUGCGAAGUGCUGUGACGGUUUUUUACAGUAACACGGAAAGUGUCAGAGAUGUCCAAUUCAGUCCUCAUAAUCCACAUAGUUUUUCUGCUGUAUCAGACAAUGGAAGUGUGCAGUUGUGGGAUAUUCGUAAACCUGAGAAGUGUCUCCAGCAAUACACAGCCCAUAGUGGGCCCGUUUUUGCUUGUGACUGGCAUCCUGAAGUUACUUGGCUAGCAACAGCCAGUAGAGACAAAACUAUCAAG